AUGGCAGCACUUACGCCCGCUGUUAUAGCGACAUGGCCAACUCCGAAUUAUGAUGAUCCAGCCCAUACUUUGAAACCAGCUAUCUGGGGUAUUGAGCUGUCGCUGGGCAUAUUGAUGACAAUAUUCAUAGCAGGACGGUUUUACUCGCGGACUGUCUUGGUAAAAGGUGCUCUUGGUGCAGACGAUUGGUUCAUACUAUUUGCCUAUAUACUUGCGAUAUCACAAGUAGGGUGUCAUGUAUGGGAAGUGAACGUUGGAAUUGGACGACACCUCUACGACGUCAAAUUCGAGUGGAUCUCCAGUAUUGGUAAAAUCACCCUUGUGACUCAAGUGCUAUUUGCUCCGACAACUUGUGCAACGAAGAUAUCAAUCUGUUUGACAUAUCUUCGAAUAUUUCCGUCCAAGACGAACAAGUGGUUCAACUACGGGGCUAUCGUACUUUCAGCAUGCUGGGCCAUUGCUUGUCCUUUGGUGAUGAUUUUUGAGUGCUGGCCGAUAUCCGAUCAAUGGAACGUGUUCAAAGUGCACAAAAACUGCAUUAACAUCCAGGCCUUUUUUAUAGCAGCGGCUUCAAUCAACGCAGCAACUGACUGUCUUGUAUAUCUGUGGCCUAUCCAUUAUCUGAUAAACGUCAACAUGCCUCUCCGCCAGCGGGUCGGUUUGAUCAUUUGCUUCAGCGUUGGUGUUGUUGUCUGCGUAGCCAGUCUCGUCAGGGUGUUCUAUAUGACAGAGUUCUUCAAGUCCUGGGAUCAAACAUGGUAUGGCGGCAUCGUCUUUAUGUGUUUGGCAUUUGAGACAUACUUGGGUAUCAUUUGCGGCUGUUUACCUGGUGUGAGGCCUAUUGUUUCUAAAUUGUUCCCGAGAAUCUUCAAAAGCACUAUUCACCGUAGCGGUGGAAACAGUGGCAACCAAAGCUGGGGUAAACAUCUUAAGCCGAAUCAGUUUUCUUCAACGGCAAGCUCGAAUGGCUACCGAGACAUCGAAUCCAUUCAAAUAACAAAGGAUGUUGAGCUCUCUGUGACAACGAAAGCUGCAGAAGGCAAAGUCCAGCGCAGCGGCAGUGACAGCCAGCGGCCGUUGAAGACAGCGGGCAACGAAGAGUGGACGCAUCAUGAUUGGAGUUAG